UGUGGAAGCGCUCCUGCCGCCAGUGCUUUACCUGUGACUUCAGCACAACACAAGAGGAGGAACGGAAGGAGAAAACUCAUGCAGGACUGAAACAUGGGCUGGCCUGCUUCCAUCACAUUCACACUCUUAAAAGACUGAAGGAUCUCCAGCGGAGCUCACAGCACACACGAGGAUCCGCGAUGCUCUGGACACCUCCGAGCCUCCUGCAGACCAUCACAAUCACUUCAACUUCUAACGCCGAGACAACUUCAGCACAAAGCGCACCUGGAUGUGCUCCAUCCUCAGAUAUGUCAGCCCGUCAUGUUUGGACGUGUUCUACAUUCAUGAAUUGUUCUUAAACAUUGUUUUGCGGGUGCGUGUGAAUGAAGCUCUUCAUUCAUUGAUUAUUGAUCGAAUCAUUGAAUUAAGCUGCGAUCUAGUGAAAGACUCACUUAAAAAAAAAAAAUAGAAAUAGAAAACUCCAACUCAAAGAACUGCUCGUAUAGUAAAAUAAAGAGCUUUAUUGAUCUUUGUAUCUGGAACAUUCGUCUUUGACAAUCGAUUUUGAGAGACGAGGAAACAAAACGAAAAGAACAAUAAAAAGUGGAAGGACUUUGGAGAGGAAGAGCGCGUCCGUGCGCAUUUAUCUGGGACAUUAUCAUACCCAUCCGCUUUUUCCUCUUCAUCAUCAUCUCUCUUGUGCUGAGUAAAAUGAAAGUUUGGACUUUUCUCCAGUGUCUCGCCAUCCUGCUCGUCCUGUGUGUAGGAUCAGACUGCGGGACGGUCCUGAGAAAGACCCGGUCCAAACGCGAGUUGGUAAAGAUCAGAGAAGCCAAAGCGGUCUUCCCGGGGGCUUGUGCCACCCGGCUUCCCCGGGGCAAGCGCUCCCUGCCGGCGCUGGACCGCCGGCUCCCCCGCCAGCGCCGCCGCUCCUCUCCGGUGGAGGAUGCGAGCUCCUCUCGGGGAAAAGCCGUUUAUUUUACCGGCAGAGGGGACCAGCUGAGACUCAAGCCCGGUGUGGAGAUACCAAAGGGCAAUUUCACCCUCCAGAUGUGGGUCAAAGCUGAGGGUGGGCAGCGUUCCCCUACCGUCAUAGCUGGUCUCUUCGACAAAUGCUUCUACGCCUCCAGUGAUCGUGGAUGGCUGUUGGGAAUUAAAGCUGUGAGUGAACAGGGAAACCGUGACCCACGUUUCUUCUUCUCCCUUAAAACGGAUCGAGCACACAAAGUUACCUCCAUUCACUCGAAUGCCCGCUACUUGCCCAACCACUGGGCCCAUGUAGCUGUGACUUACAAUGGCCUCUAUAUGAAGUUGUAUGUCAAUGGUGCUCAGACAGCUGUCAGCCGGGAACAGUCAGGUGAUGUCUUCAGUCCACUUACUCAAAAGUGUAAGGUGCUGAUGGUGGGUGGAAAUGCCUUGAAUAAUAACUACAGAGGCUCCGUGGAGCGUGUUGGUUUGUGGCGACAGGCUCUCUCUCAGAGGCAGAUCGUAAGGGACAUGCGUGGACACGAGGACCCUGAGGACCUGGUUGACCUGGUGAUCCGGGAGACAUUUGAACACCCAGCACGUAAAUGGCUGGCUGUGAAGGAUGGCAGCUUCCCGAUACCAGAUGAAGGUCCUCGUGCAGGGUUGGGGUCUUUAGACACCACCCUGGAGCCUCCAGCUUGUGGCCAGAUGGUGUGUGAUAACACAGAAGUGGUGCGCAACUACAAUCAAUUCUGGAGCUUCCGUCACCCCAAAACUGUACGAUACCGUGUUGUAAACGUGUUUGACGACUCUCAGCGCAAACCCACCGUCACAGAUCAGCAGAUUCAUCUGCAACAUCAACAUUUGAAUGAAGCCUUUAGCAUGUACAACAUCACCUGGGAGUUGACUGUGCACAAUGUAAGCAAUUCCUCUUUGUAUAACCGUCUGGUACUCGCCAACUGUGACAUUAGUAAGGUGGGUGACGAGGAUUGUGACCCUGAAUGCAAUCACACCCUGACUGGAUUUGAUGCUGGUUACUGCAAGCCCAGGACACGAUGUCCUGAACAUAAACAAGGGAAUGGCGUCUGUGAACCAGAAUGCAACUGUGAGAACUAUGGAUAUGAUAAUGGAGAUUGCUGUAACCCUAGCAUCACCGAUGUGACCAAAACUUGCUUCAAUCCAGCUUCUCAUUUAAGGGCCUAUUUGGAUGUGAAGGAGCUAAAAGAGAUCCUCAAACUGGAUGGUUCCAUGCACCUCAAUAUCUUCUUCGCCAAUUCCACAGAUGAAAACCUGGCUGGAGUUGCUACCUGGCCAUGGGAUAAGGAGGCACUGACACAUCUAGGUGGCAUAGUUCUGAAUCCGUCUUUCUACGGUACAUUUGGCCACACUCAUACCAUGAUCCAUGAGAUCGGUCACAGUCUGGGAUUGUACCAUGUGUUCAGAGGUAUCUCAGAGAUCGAGUCUUGCAACGAUGCGUGUUUAGAGACCGAGCCGUCACUGGAAACUGGAGAUCUGUGUGCCGACACUAAUCCCACACCCAAAUACAAGCACUGCAGGGACCCUGAGCCUGGCAACGAAACAUGUAGCAACCGCAAUUUUAUUCACACACCCUUUAAUAAUUACAUGAGUUACACAGAUGACGACUGCACUGAUUCCUUCACGCUUAACCAAGUGGCUCGCAUGCACUGUUACCUGGACCUCAUCUACCCAUCCUGGCAACCCGACUACCGACCCCCUCCAGUCCCCAUGGCUCCCAAAGUGGUAGAACAGGAACAAGACUCCAUUACUGUGGAGUGGUUUCCACCCAUCUCUGGCCACUUCUAUGACAGAGAAGUGGGAUCAGUAUGUGAUAAAUGCGCAGAGGGUCGAGUCCUCCUGCAAUACGCCUCCAACUCUUCAUCUCCGUUCCCCUGCUCCCCGUCUGGCCACUGGAGCCCCAGAGAAGCGGAGGGACCUCCAGAUGUAGAGCAGGCAUGCGAGCCCAGUGUCCGCACGUGGAGUCCGCAUAACGGCAUGGAUCAAGAAAAGGUGCCUCCUCCCUGCCCUCUGCAAGGCUGCAUGUUACAGCUGGAGUUCGCAUAUCCUGUGGUCCCUGACUCCCUCACAGUGUGGGUGACCUUCUCCUCCCAGGAGGAAACCAUUCUGCCUGCCAUCCACAAUAUCAUCUUAUUGACUGUCAGUGGCAACAACCUGUCUCUGGGUCCCAGCAAUUUGUUCUGCGACACACCGCUGACCAUCAAGCUGGAUGUGCAUGAGAAGGUGUACGGCGUGCAGUUUUUCACCAUGGAGCAACAUUUGGAAAUUGAUGCUACUCUACUCACAUCCAAAGUCGACUGUCCGUUCUGUCGAGAAUGUGAGCCGCUGCACUAUAGGCUCCUGCGGCAGCCGGCAUUUAUUCACGCACCCCAGGGCGUCAUGCUGAGAGACUCGAUGCGAAGAUAUGUGGACAGGGAGGUUGAGUAUGGUGGGAUAUACACAUACCAGGUCCAAACCAUCUCCAGUCAGAGCAGGAGUGAAUCAUCACCUCCAUUGACACACCGUCUUGGAGCGCCAUACUGUGGAGAUGGUCUCAUCCAGAGGUCCCAGGGAGAGGAAUGUGAUGAUAUGAACACUAUGAAUGGAGACGGCUGCUCCAGCCACUGCAAGGAGGAGCCAUUUUUUAACUGUAUUGAUGAGCCCAGCAUGUGUUACUAUUAUGAUGGCGAUGGCAUCUGUGAAGACUUUGAGCGGGAGACGAGCGUGAAGGAUUGUGGCCUGUACACGCCGAAUGGUUUUCUGGACCAGUGGGCCACCUCAGUGGAAGUGUCCCAUGAAGAGAGGCUGUACUGCCCAGCCGACGUGGCUGCUGGAUAUCCUGCUAUUACUAAGACGUGCCAGUCAAAGGUGUUUGACCUUUCUGAUGGAGUGUCUCAGUAUGCCUGGUUUCCAUGUCGAGAGGCCCAGGGUGUGUCUUGGUAUCCUCAGUACUGGUUAAAGGCGUUUUUUUCACAUCCGAUGGUUGCUGCAGCCGUUAUUAUCCAUUUAGCUGCAGACGGAACCAGCUUCAUCGACCAUGCCCAGUGGAACAUUACCGUACAACUGAUCGACACCAAAGAGAGCGUCCACAGCCUAGGCGACUGGCGUUUGAGUUGCCGCACCAAUCCUUUGGUCAUCCCAGUGAAUCAUGACUUGAGUAUGGCCUUCUACCACACCAAAGCCAUUCUCCUCAUGUUCCGCUCCGAACUUGUGGCCAUCUCCGGCAUUGGCCUGCGUUCCUUCCAGUUCUUCGACCCAAUUACCAUCAGCGGCUGCCAGAGCGAUGAAAUAUACAACCCCAUGGGCCAAAGCUGCGUUCAUUACUCCUGUGAUGCUAUUGAUUGCCAAGAGCCACUGAUCCGGAAUGCAGAGGUGCAGUGCACCGACGGCGGCUACUUUAACGGAGCACGCUGCACUGUCAUGUGUAACAGCGGCUAUGUCCUACAAAUCCACAGGGAUGAUGACAUCAUCAAGAGCCAGAUGGACUCAACCGUGACCAUCACCUGUGCUGAUAGGAAAUGGAACAAGCAAGUAUCGUGUGAGCCGGUUGACUGUGGGCUUCCAGAUAAGUAUCAUGUGCACCCUGCCCACUUUGAUUUCCCAGAAGGCACCACCUACGGCAAGAAGAGCACGUUCCAGUGCAAGGAGCCUGCUCAGCUUGUGGGCACUAAUAACACUCUGACCUGUAUGGAGGACGGUCUGUGGUCAUUCCCAGAGGCUUUGUGUGAGCUCCGCUGUCCCGUGCCUCCUCCUGUGCCCAAUGCCAUGCUGCAGACCAAACGCUGCAAUGAGACGGGUCUUAAAGUGGGCACCCUCUGCAAGUACAAAUGCAAACCUGGAUACCAUGUGGCCAACAAGCCAAAGAGGAGAGCCUUUAAGCGUCAGUGCACAGAAGAUGGUCGUUGGUUAGAGGGCUCAUGUGAGCCGGUCACCUGUCCACCUCCUCCGUCUGUCUUCUAUGGUAUGUACCAGUGCACAGACGGAUUCAAGUUUGACAGCACCUGCUGGAUCCAGUGCAACAGGGCCAACAACACACUGAGACAACCACCAUGCAAACAGGGGCUCAACACCAAUGUCAUCCGCUGCAGAAAGGAUGGGAACUGGACCGGAAGUUUCCACUUAUGCCCUCAGGUGAAGGGUCAAUGCUCUCUACCUCAGAACCUGCAUCCCAACAUCCGUAUCAGCUGCAAGAAGGGCCAUGGCAUAGGGAAGGAGUGUGAGUUGUCAUGCAAAGACAAUAACAAUGAUGUGGUCAUUCUGCUGAGCAACAUGACGGCCAGCAGCAUUAUGAGACAUCACUGGAUGAACCCUCCCAAAGUCAAGCACAUAGUUUGCACCAUGGGCCUGAAGUGGUACCCCCAUCCGGAAGUCCUGCACUGCAUAAAAGGAUGUGAGAGGCCCAAGAAGAUUUAUGAAGAUGAAGAUGUAGAGGAUCUCUACACUAAACCUUUCAUGGGUGACAAUUACUGUGAUGCAAUCAACAACAGAGCCUACUGCAACUACGAUGGAGGCGACUGCUGCCACUCCACUGUAAAGACUAAGAAGGUGAUUCCGUUCCCCAUGACUUGUGACAUCCGAAGAGAGUGCGCUUGCCGGGACCCCAAUGCCUUGGAGAACCGAAAGGGCGAGCACUUGCACUCACUUGGUUAAAACGCUCCACCAAGCCGGUGUGCGGACUGGGAUAGGAUCAGAUAUUCUUCCCAGAAAUGCUGCUGCUUCACAGUUGUACCUCUCUUCUUAUAGCUGAUCAUCAUUUCCAUGUCUAAGUCUACCUGUUAUCUCUUAUAGUACAUUUGAAAAAGGAUCUCAAAUGCCAAGUCCCCACAAAGGACCAAAGUUGGUUUGUUCAUGCCAUCUGUAGAUCACUCACGAACUUUCCAAAAAAUGAAGAAAAAUGAAAGCUAGGCAUCUCGAAGGAAAUAUACUGAUUUGACCAAAGCCAGAAAAAGAAGAAACAACUUUCGACUGAUGCACUCUCUAAGUCGUUUAGAGGGCUUGAUUUGUUUUAGUUUUAUAUCAAAUCUGACCUCAUUCAUCCCAGGAAGACGUUGCAUGGCGUUUCAACCCUCAAAUGUGUCUCAUGUCCCUAUAGAAGCAGACUGCAUCCCAAAACAAGAAUGGUACGAUUGGCUGGAUAGCAAUCACAAGCUGAUUUUAAAGACUAAUCAGCAAUUAUUUGAAUGUUCCUGAAAUGAAACAAAUGUAUCAAAUAUAAUUGCACAAUGGGGAAUGGCUGCAGAUCCUGUCGCCCACUAUUUAUGUUCUGUUACAAAAUAAUUGUGAAUUAAGUUUCAUUUAAAAUGCACACAGACAGAUCCGAGCAUAAAUACGGUAAGAAUUAACUAGUUUGUUUAGCAUGGCUGCUUUUGUUGCUGCUAUGAUUGCUGCUAAUUAGUCAAACAACAGACAACAGGAAUAUGCAGGCCAUGAUCCAGUGUGUCGUCCGUCUGCCUUAACACUUACCUCUGAUCAAUUCACCCAUCAAGACAAAAGACCUCUUAUUACAGCUCAGCCAGUACUGAAUCGUAACUCGUCUAGUCCAAAUGCAAAAUAGACACAAAUUCCUGAAUGUAGAGUUCAUAAACCUUUUAUUUUACGUAAAUGCUUAGUUCACCCAAAAACUCUAUCACUUACUCACACUUUUCUGUGUGUGUGUGUGUGUGUGAAAAUGCUUUAAAAAAAAAAAAAAUCAUAAAAUAAGUACUUCUUAUCCAUAAAAGUAUUCCAUACAAGUCUUCUGAAGCCAAGCUGGUCUGGUCUGAGGAAGAGAUUUAAAUUAAAUUGAUUAUUCACAGAAAACGUCCAAAAGGUGUCAUACUUCAAUCUGACAGCAAACAUGGAAUAUACAGUAUAUGUGUGCUCUGAUGGAAGGGAAGCUUUUCAGCAAGUAAAACCAACUUAACCUUUGGUGUGUUGCUCACACAAACCCAUUGAAUCUCAUUGAAUCUGUUGCCAGUCAAAAACGUUUUUAAGGGUAACUUACAGCACAUGUGCCAAUGUUUUAACCACUUGUAUGUGUUUUUGCCAAAAAAACUUAAAAUAAUUUAAUUUAGCUUCAAUGUAAUUGGAAUGACUUUAUAUACACAAUCAGAGUAAGCGAGAGAAGAAAAAUAAUCACUUUAAUCAUUAUUUAUUACUAAGAGAUAGUUCACCCAAAAAUGAAAAUGUGCUGACAAUUUCUCCCCUCAGGUCAUCCAGUAUGUAAUUGAGUUAGUUUCUUCAUCAGAUUUGGAGAAAUGUAGCAUUGCAUCACUUGCUCAGCGAUUAAUCCUCUGCAGAGAAUGGAUGCCAUCUUUGUGCAGUACAUUAAGGAUUAUUUUGUCUAUUUUUUUUAAAAUGGACAUCACUUUGUGCAAUUGUGGAUGUAUGGUAGUUAAAUUAUAAUAACUAUGACAAUUAUGAUUAAAAAAAGAAAUAAUACCUGAAGAAAGUCAAGCAACCAUAUCAUAUUUUAUUUUGUUUGUUUGUUUAUAUAUAUUGAGUCAUAAUGUAUGUGGCAUAAAGAUUUCAUGAUUGGAUGCCGAAGUCAAUAAUUUAUUUUAUUGUGUUUGUAGUGGCACAGGUGCAGUCAUUUAGAUUUCAAAAGAAAAGAUUAAAUGAAAUUGAAGAAUAAGAGAAAGAAGAACAAGAUGUAGUAGUAAUGUUUCAGUGUUCAGUAUUUGUCUUAAUGAUCUCAGUUGCUGCACUUUUUUGGUAGCCCGUUGGACGAAAGUUUAAAAUCGCCUCUAUCAUUAGGCAGGACAAUUUGUGAGGUAAUACAGGAGGUGUUUGGAAUUAGUAAUUUUUGAUUUUCCUUUUUAUCGUGUGAUAUUAUCAUAUGCAAUAUUAUUACUGAUGGUAAUUGUGGUUCCAGUUGGUUCACAUCUGGUUUCAUCGUAAAAUGCAGAGCAAUGUGACAUGUGGAAACAUGUUAUUGGAUUGAUAUGUCCUGUCUUUGGGACCAUGGAAAACUGGCUUUAAUAUUUAUGUUUCUGAAAGUGGGAAAAUGAAUCCUCUAAAUAGGUAAUUUAUAUGUAUGUUUUUUUUUUUUUUCAUAUUGUGAGUUAGUUUGAAGGAUUUAUUAUUAUUAUUAUUAUUAUUAUUAUUAUUAAUAAUAAUAAGAAGAAAACUACAGCACCCAAAUAAAUAUGUAUGUGUGUCAAAAUAUCUAUACGAUGCAAUAUACAAUACAAUAGUACAAGAGUACAAUAUUUAUAAUAAUAACAAUAAUGUAUUAUUAUUAUUACUAUUAUUAUUAUCAUUAAUAAAGAUUUAUUUUGUUAUAUAUUCUUGGGAGAACCAAUGUAUUAAGUUGCUAUUACCUGAAAUUAUGUAAUGGUACUCAAGAUAACAGUAGUCAGCAUUUAUUGCCAAAAUGGACAGCAAAACUGAUAAGCAACCGCAUCGCCAAAUUAGCACAGACAUCAAGUAACGUGCCAAUUAUGAAAGGUCUUGUGAUUUAUUUCCUUUUUAAGUCAUUUUCUCACUCUUCUCAUACUUAUUAUACGUUUCUCCAUCACUAUGUGCAAAUAAGCAAUCCAAGAUACUAGAACCAGCUCCGAGUGCAAUUACGCCAAAUACUAUAUAUAUAUAUACUUUGCUUUAGAUGUCUAAAAGCGUACAGGUCUAAAAUUGUUUGUUGGUUUGUUAAAUGAAGUUUUCAGUGGGUUGUUUGACACUACUGUAUGCACCAUAGGAUUUCUCGCUGUACCUCAUGCCUGUAAUAUUUACAGCUUCCAUAUUUUGGUAUGUUAGUCUUUUUUUUUUUUUUUUUUUGCGUAUAUUAACAACAUAUAAAACUGUACAUAGAAGAACUAUUUAUUGAGAGUGUUAUACUUUUGUAAGUUAUAUUUUUUAUUGUUUAUGUAAGUUAUUUGUACAAUGGUCUUGUAAAUGUAAAUUUUAUGUAAAAUUUGGUUAUUGGGGCUCUUACACUAUUUUUAUUUUUAUCCAUUUCUCCUGUUGAAGACCAAAUACAAUGCUUGUUUUCUUGUGUUUUUUUUUUCAUGAAAGAUAAAAAACUAGAUUCAAGAAGAAAAUUCAAAGACAGAAUGUAAUUCAGUUACAUCUCACAGUUUAUAUAUUGCCAUUAAUCCAGUUGAGACACUAAAUAAAUGUUAUAGUAAUAUAUAUAUAUAGUUUGUUAAUGCAGCACAUUUAUUCUGUGGCAGUACCCACAAGAGAAGAGUGUAAUCAUGGUAUAUCUUGCAGUAGGUAAAAUCCAUUAUAUCAAUGAGAGUCUUUCCAAUUUGUACCAAACAUAUUGAAUAUCUCUUAAAAAUGUCCAAAAUUCAGAGCUCACAUGUAUAGCAUUGGACAGUUGAAGAGAACAUGUUUCUGUUUUUGGCCUGCCAAUAUGUUAGCGCAGGUGUCAAAAUAUGUAUGCGCAAAGCAAAUCAUCAAAAAAAGUCAACUUCUAUUUAUUUGUAUUGUUUUUGGAUGGUGGAAAAACGUUAAGAGAACAAACUAAUGGAAUUGUAUCAAGAUCUUUAUUACAGGUUCAUAUAAAUGUCUUGACCGGUUGUAAAUAGUGUUGUGAAGAAGUGUACCAGUAAAAUGCCUUGUAUAUUUAAAGAGUUUCAUUAGACACGAUACAUUUAUGAAAGUUAUUUAAAUUUGAGUAAUGCACCAUGUUCAUCAGCAUUACAGCUCCAUCAGCAUCAAGAGAUGUACUUGAAGUGUCCUUUAAUUUGAUUCACUGUUCUAAAUUCUCCUGCCAAUUCUCUUGUAUUUGUGCCUGUUAUUCAAAAACCCAUUUGUGUUUGGUGAUGCUGGCCAUGUCUGCUCUUCACAUUGAUAAUAAAUUAUAAGCAAAAUUCUGACCUCUGCUUCAUUCAUGCAUAUAAUGCAUUAUUGUUU